AGGCGCUCGACGCGCAGCGCGCGGAGCACGCGCGCGAGCUCGCCGCGGCCCACGGGCGCCUCGAGGAGGCCGCGGUGGACGCUGACCGCGCGGGCGCGCGCGAGGCGCGCGAGGCGCGCGAGGCACUGCGGCGCACGGAGGAGCUGCACGCCGCGCGGGAGACGGCGCUGCGGCGGGAGGGCGAGGAGGCCCGCGGGAAUUUACGCGACGCCCAGCGGCUCAUGGCGCUGCUCUGGAGGAGGGAAGGCGCAGGCGGCCUCGCGCUUGGCGGCCCAGCCGCUGGCAGAGAAGCACCUCCCGCUGCGCCGCGGCCGCCACGCUGGAGCGCCAGGAAGCUGAGGACAUCGGCGACGACGGGGGCCCUGUGACCGGCUCGGUGCGCCGAUAGGGCGCCUCGGAGGCGAGAGGCAUCGGGAGCGGCACCACGGCACCGAAGUUGGUCCUCGCUGCCGAACUCUGGCGCGGGCUUGAGCGGCCUCGAAGAGGGGCACGCGCCAGGCGAGGAAUUCGAGACCCUCUCGGGCGAUGACCGCUUCACUGGCACUGAGAGGGAGUUCGAUGGAAGAGUCGACCACACGCAAGAGUGACCCUUCGGCGGGGUGGUCUAUGGUGCAGGCCCACAGAAGUCCCCCG